AGACUUCGUGAUAAUUUGCGGAGAUGAAACUGAGGGUGAGAUCUCUGGAGUCGAAAGAGACGCUGAAAAUCCAAGUUCCCGACCCAUGUUCUCUUCAACACUUCAUCCACCUUCUGUCUCUGGCCAUUUCUUCUUCUUCUUCUUCCUCUUCCAUUAUCUAUCUUUCUCUCAAUAGGAAGGACGAGCUUCAAGUUUCUUCAUCUCUCGAUACUCUCCAAUCUCUCGGUGUUACUUCCGGUGAUCUCAUCUUCUACUCCUUCAAUCCCACCGCCUUCUCUCGUCAAAUCCAUGCACCCCCAAUUCCGGAAACCCUAGUAAAUGAAGGAACCCCAAUUCCAUCUCAAACCCUGGUUCCGAAUUCGGGAAAAGAAGAAGCCCUAGUUCCGUCUCAAGCACUUGGUCCAAAUUCAGGAGAAACCCUAAUUCAAUCUCAAACCUUGGAUCCAAAUUCAGGAGAAGCCCAAACCCUACCUAUGACGAAACGUGUCAUGGAAGAAACCCCAAUUCCGUCUGAAACCCUGGUUUCAAAUUCCGAAAGAAAAGAGACCCUACUUGAAUCUCAAACCCUAGUUCCGUUGGCACAAGCAAAUCCUCACGAGCCUAAAGAAUAUGGGUCCCUGGUGUCAGAUUCUAAGAAAAACGAAACCCAGGAAUUUUCGGGUGCAACAAGCAUGGUUGUUGAGGGUGAUAUUGCUGCUGCUGAUGAAGAUGAUGAGCCUAUUGUGGUGAAGAAGUCGUUUUCAGAACCUUGUUUUCUGAGGAAGGUAUUGAGAGAGGAGGUCGGUGAUGAUGGUAAUGAGCACAAGCUUUUGGUGAUUGCAGUUCACGCAGUCAUGCUAGAAUCUGGUUUUGUUGGGUUUGAUUCAGUUUCCGGAAUGAGGGUUGAUCGGUUUCAUCUUUCGGAGGAAUAUCCAUUCGCGGCUAUCUCAAUGUCACUAUGGUAUACUCUCCCUGAACUUCUUGAUCAUGGCUGUGAUGAUUCUCCUGCAAUUCAAUCUGUUGCUUUGAAGUUUCAACACUUGGGACAAUUCAUAAAUAUUUAUGGGUCUUUAGCUGGAAAUAGAUCCACUGUUCAUUGGGUUAGCUUGGACGAGUAUAGAUUUGCCCCUACCUUAGAUUUAAUGUGGACGCAUUCUGAUUCAGCGGAAGAAAAAGACAGGGGCAGUAGUAAUUCGUACCCUGAAAAUGAAGUUUUUGAAUUUUGGAAGAUUGUGAAGGAUGGGUUAGCAUUGCCUUUGUUAACAGACCUUUGUGAGAAGGGUGGCUUGCUGCCACCGCCCUGCCUAAUGCGACUUCCUACAGAGCUUAAACUUAAGAUUUUCGAACUGCUACCUGGUGUUGAUCUUGGGAAGGUGGGGUGUGUCUGUUCUGAGCUUAUGUAUUUGUCUUCAAACAAUGAUUUGUGGAAGCAGAAGUUUACUGAGGAGUUUGGAAAUGUGCGGGUAGGGCAGGGUUUUAGCCUUUGGAAAGAUAAGUUUGCGACUUGGUGGGAGAAUAGGAAGAAGAGGAAGAGGGUGAGUGGCAUGUGCACAUGGUUUCCCAGUCUUGAGGCACCUUCUUAUUUCCCAAUAAGAAGGGACCCUAAUCCAUUUGCUAUACCCCCAACUAUAGGUGGAGAUUAUGACCACUUUCCGGCACUUGGCAUACCCUCUCCCUUUGGACAGCCUGGGCGAAGAUAUCAUCGAUUUCUAGCACCGCGUAAUACCAUUCCUCGAUGUAAUCUUGGAGGAUUUAUUGGCUAAUGUUACAAUUCCAAGCUUCUUUAACCCUUUUGGAGGUAUUUUCAAUGGAUGUUUAGUUCUUCUGUAUAUAUCAAUAAGCUUUCACAAAGAAAGGGAUCAAUAGAGCAUAAAAACUAUUGUGAACAUUGAUAUGGAUAAUCUUCAAAACUUGCUUUUAGUAAUGUUUUGUACUGCUUGUAGAAUUUAAAGUUGAUUUCCUUAUUUUAGUACC